GUAUCUUUCUUCUUACUUGUUGAAGACUUGUGCGAAUCGACUGGAUACAUUGGCUGCCUUCUUGUCCUGAGUGCUUGUUCUGAUGGCAACCCGCUUGCAGUUUGAGAACAACAACGAGGUUGGAGUGUUUGCAAAACUCACAUCUGCAUAUGCACUUGUUGCAUUGGGAGGUAGCGAAAAUUUCUACAGUGUCUUCGAAACAGAGCUUUCAGAGCACAUCCCUGUGGUGAAGACGUCAAUAGCCGGAACGAGGCUUGUUGGAAGAAUCACAGUAGGGAACAAAAAUGGGCUGCUCUUACCCAACACCACCACAGAUCAAGAGCUCAUGCACGUGAGGAACAGUCUUCCGGACGAGGUGGUGGUGCAGAGGAUAGAUGAGCGGCUCAACUCUCUGGGCAACUGCAUAUCCUGCAACGACUAUGUUGCACUCGUCCACCCUGACAUCGACAAGGAGACAGAGGAGUUGGUGGCUGAUGUGCUGGGAGUGGAGGUGUUCCGGCAGAGCAUAGCAGGCAACACACUCGUGGGCAGCUACUGCACGUUCACAAACCAGGGCGGCCUGGUGGCGCCCAACGUGUCUGUGGAGGAUCUGGACGAGCUGUCAUCGCUCUUGCAGGUGCCGCUGGUUGCCGGCACGGUGAACCGCGGCAGUGAUGUGGUCGGGGCAGGCCUUGUGGCCAAUGACUGGGCGGCCUUCUGCGGAUGGGACACCACAGCCACAGAGCUGAGCGUGAUCGAGAGCGUGUUCAAGCUGCGGGACAGCAAGCCCUCCAACAUUGUCAACGAGAUGCGCGCGUCCCUCAUCGACACCCUGGCGUGAGGCAGCCUUACUGAGGCUCUUGCAGCCGAGGACUGCAGACUAUACAGCUCUGUGUAGGGGUCUGUUUCCUGUGGGAUGAGCUGCUGCUGUGAGAAGUAUGAGCAGGAGGAGUGCGGAGGGGUCAUCGUUGCUGCAAAUCAAGCUGUCAGACGGUGCAGCUGCCAGUUGUGUGUGUACUGCGUGCAUACAACAUGGUUGGAACCAACUUGUGCAACAACUGGAACCUUCAAGACCUCUGUGGCUGUCAGUAGCCUUUUGACAGGGGCGGACACUGGACAUUACUGUCCCCUAUGCCCCAAUACCAAGCGCACGGUGCAUGGUGCGGCAGCAUGCAGGUUGUAGCCUACAACACACGUGGAUGCCAAUGCUUCCAGACUUUAUGUGCUAUAUAGGUCGACCUGCACGUGUGAUGCAUUCAUUCGCAUUCUAUUGUGGCAUGCAUCCGUAUUACUAUGAAACUUGGAAUUUCAUC